AUGGCCGCCGAUUCCUUGCAGGGGGACUCCCGGGGGCAGCUGGUGGCCGAGCGUCUUGGUUUGGGCCAUAACCUGGAUCUGUCUGACACCAUGGUCCAACAAAAGCUGGAUGAGAUCAAGGAGCAGAUCCGACGGGAGAUCCGCAAAGAGCUCAAGAUCAAAGAGGGGGCAGAGAACCUGAGAAAGGGGGACUCCCGGGGGCAGCUGGUGGCCGAGCGUCUUGGUUUGGGCCAUAACCUGGAUCUGUCUGACACCAUGGUCCAACAAAAGCUGGAUGAGAUCAAGGAGCAGAUCCGACGGGAGAUCCGCAAAGAGCUCAAGAUCAAAGAGGGGGCAGAGAACCUGAGAAAGGUCACCACAGACAAGAAGAGCCUGGCGUACGUGGACAACAUGCUGAAAAAGUCCAACAAAAAGGUGGAGGAGCUUCACCAGGAGCUGCAGGAGCUGAACGCACACAUCGUGGUCAAAGACCCCGAGGAGCUGCUGGAUUGCCCGAUGACGCCGGACACGCCGAACAGCGAGGCGCGGACCUGCACGACCAACAGCCGCCUUGCCGCGCUCAAGAAGCAGAUCGACAUCGAGCUGAAAGUGAAGCAGGGCGCGGAGAACAUGAUCCACAUGUACUCCAACGGCUCCUCCAAGGACCGUAAGCUGCUGGGCACCGCGCAGCAGAUGCUGCAGGACAGUAAGAUGAAGAUCGAGUUCAUCCGGAUGCAGAUCCUCAAAGCCACACAGACCAACGAGCUGAGCUUCGACAGCAACGACGUCAUGGACAAACCGUUCAUCAGCCCGUUGGACCUGCGGGUGGAGGAGCUGUGUCAUCACGCCAGGAUCGAGUCGGCUGUGGCUGAAGGCGCCAAGAAUGUCAUGAAGCUGCUGGGCUCCGGGAAAGUCACGGAGAAGAAAGCACAUUCAGAGGCUCAGGCCCGGUUCAACGAGUCGAGUCAGAAGCUGGACCUGCUGCGUUACUCUCUGGAGCAGCGGCUGAACGAGCUUCCAAAGAACCACGCGAGCAGCGGAGUCAUCAUGGAGGAGCUGUCCCUGCUGUCCAGCCCCGCCCUCAGCCCCCGCUCCAGCCUCAUGUCCACACAGAACCAGUACAGCACGGUCACCAAGCCCGCCGCACUCACAGUCGCCCGCCGCACUCACAAGUACACAGUCGCCUGCCGCACUCACAGGUACACAGUCGCCCGCCGCACUCACAAGUACACAGUCACCUGCCGCACUCACAGGUACACAGUCGCCCGCCGCACUCACAAGUACACAGUCGCCUGCCGCACUCACAGGUACACAGUCGCCCGCCGCACUCACAAGUACACAGUCGCCUGCCGCACUCACAGGUACACAGUCGCCAAGCCCGCCGCACUCACAGGUACACAGUCACCAAGCCCGCCGCACUCACAGGUACACAGUCACCAAGCCCGCCGCACUCACAGGUACACAGUCACCAAGCCCGCCGCACUCACAGGUACACAGUCACCAAGCCCGCCGCACUCACAGGAUGAGACCCACAACUCUUCCUCCUUCACCGCCCACGGUCUCCUCAGGUUUCCGGGUCCGCUCCUGGUGUCACUGGCUCUUGGUAUUUCGUCAGGUGUUGCUUCGGUGGCCGAGCGUCCGCAGCCCAAGGCCUUAUUAGACCUGGUGAACUGGAUUUCUCAACCCAGCGCUCGUCACUCUACCCGCUGUAAGCAGGGAGAUUUUUCCACAGUCCUCCUGUGUCAAUUGUCCCCUGAAGUUGUUGGCUGA